GUCUUGAGUCAACUGUUUGGCUCGUGAAUCGUGCAUAGAAACGCCUGUGAGAUAUUCACACAUUUUCUUAAAAUUUGUCUUAGAACUAGUCUUAGAAAGCCUGGCAACAAUGUCAACGCCGCUCGAAAAACCUCAGAUCAUAUCCCACAUCCAAAAGAGUUUAAACUACACUGUUUUUGACAGCAAGUGGAUACCAUGCAGUGCAAAGUUUGUUUGCAUGGGUAACUUCCCAAGAGGUACUGGGGUGAUGCAGAUAUACGAAAUUAACCAAGGAGAGUUACAGCUUAUAAAAGAGAUUGAAAAACCUAAACCCAUAAAAUGUGGAACAUUUGGAGCCACAUCUUUACAACAGAGACAUUUGGCAACGGGGGAUUUUGAUGGCAAUCUAAAUAUCUGGAACCUAGAAGUACCAGACACACCUGUGUAUUCUGUGAAGGCUCAUAAAGAGAUUAUAAACUGCCUGGAUGGUGUGGGAGGACUGGGGAUUGGAGACGGCGCCCCUGAGAUUGUGACAGGCAGUAGAGAUGGGACUGUCAAGGUUUGGGACUCCAGACAAAAAGACACACCAGUGGCAAAUAUGGAGCCAAUUGAGGGAGAGACAAAGAGAGACUGUUGGACUGUGGCUUUUGGGCACGCUUUUAAUGACCAAGACCGUUGUGUGUGUGCUGGAUAUGAUAAUGGAGACAUCAAGCUGUUUGACCUCAGAAACAUGUCUUUACGAUGGGAGACAAACAUCAAAAAUGGAGUGUGUUCCGUGGAGUUUGACAGGAAAGAUAUCAACAUGAACAAAAUGGUGGCGACAUCCCUGGAGGGAAAGUUCCAUGUGUUCGACAUGAGGACCCAGCAUCCCACCAAAGGCUUUGCCUCAGUCUCUGAAAAGGCACACAAAUCAACAGUCUGGCAAGUGCGGCACUUGCCUCAGAACAGAGACAUCUUCAUGACAACCGGAGGAGCAGGAAAUCUGCACUUGUGGAAAUAUGAGUAUCCAGCCCAGCGGAGUAAAAAGGACUCUGAGGAGGUGGACAUGGGUGUGGCGGGAACAGUCAACCUCCUACAGAAUGUGACCUUGUCAACUCAGCCAAUCGCCAGCCUGGACUGGAGCCCAGACAAGCAGGGCCUGUGUGUGUGCACCGCCUUCGACCAGUCGGUCCGCGUGCUCAUCGUGACCAAGCUCAACCGCGUCUAACACGGGACUCUCGCGCUCUCUCUUUCUGCUGGGGUGUGGAAUAUGUGUGUGCGCGCGUGUGCACUGCUGGGAUGUGUGUCUGUGAGUGUGUUCCUGCUACCCAUGCCCUUGUGCAGUACUCACACAGUAUGUGGAGUUGGUGUUUGGGACUGCAGAAUUUGGAGGAGAACUGCCUUCAUAACAAUUCCACUCUGCUUUAUGUGACUAAUGUGUACAGGCGUAUGUACACUUAGGUAAUAAGAUGACUGAGUAUGGAUGCCUUCUUGAUUUUCUCAAUUGUAUUGAACUGCUCUCAUAAACGUGUUUUUCUAUUGCCAUGAAUAUAAAAUAUGAACUAUUUUCCAGCACAGUUGUUUUUUUGCUGGCAGAAAGAACUAAAACUGGUGGAAUUGUAUGAAAUAAUACAUUUACAUGUAUACUUGUACACAUUAACACAGAACCAAAUUUACUCUUGACAUUUAUUUGUUAAAACAUUUCAAUGAAAUCAUCAAUAAACCAAAUCCAUCAAGCAGUUACAAUUCA